CACCGAGGAGGCGUCUUCAGCAUUUCACCGGGAUGAAGGUCUGAACGAGCAGGUCAAGACUUUCACCUGUCAGAGGAGGAACCAGGAGGACUGAUGACCAGAACGUAAAAGUCCAGGGUUUGAAAUGUGAUCAGGACAGAGGAGUGUGACAGAGCUGUUCCAGAUGGACCUGGGGCUGGAGUCAAGUUUGUGGGUCGGGAAUAAAAGAUACCGGGCGGUGCUGACAGGAUGGCACUUCAAAUGGACAGAGGUGGAUAAGAAGAACCGAGAUAAGAAAACAGUUUUAGUACCUGUGGCGGAGGUGGCUGGCGUGGAGGAGGGUCGGGUGGAGAUCCUGCCACAGAAGUCAGUAGAAGACACAGACAAAGAUUUCACAGUUUUCUACGUGAAGCGGAGCAGCGGUGGGGGUUCCUAUGGGUUGCUAUGGAGACUGGGCCGGAUCCAGUUCAGCUGCGCCAGUCGGGUUCUACGAGACCAGUGGACGAAACACCUGAGGGCUGCUCUCAAAACUCACAGCCCGUUGCGUCCACAUAGACUGUUGGUGUUCAUCAACCCUUUUGGAGGGAAGAAGAAAGGAAGACAGAUCUAUCAUUCUCUGGUGGCUCCUCUGUUUGAGCUGGCCGGUAUCAGCUCUCAUGUAAUAGUGACUGAGCGGGCGAACCAGGCCAGAGAUCAUCUCCUGAAGAAAGACCUGACUGGUUUUGAUGGUGUGGUGUGUGUGGGCGGGGAUGGCAUGUUCAGUGAAUUACUUCACGGUUUGAUCGGGCGGACGCAACAAGAGGCCGGCCUUUGUGAGAAUGAUCCCGCUGUCGCCCUGCAGCCGUGUCCGCUGCACAUCGGCAUCAUCCCUGCAGGUUCUACAGACUGUGUGUGUUUCGCCACUGUGGGAGUGGUCGACCCCGUUACUUCAGCUUUGCACAUUAUCAUCGGAGACUCCCAGCCUUUGGACGUCUGUUCAGUUCAUGACGUCUCUGCUCAGGUGCGAUACUCGGUGUCUCUGCUGGGCUAUGGCUUCUAUGGAGACGUGCUGGCUGAGAGUGAAAAACACCGCUGGAUGGGACCUCUGAGAUACGACUAUUCAGGCGCAGUGGUGUACCUGAGCAACAGAAGCUACUCGGGCAUAGUGCAGUAUCUACCAGCAGACCCGCUGCUCUCCAGCCCCAGGGAUAAAACACGCUGCCUCGCCGGGUGCAGUGUGUGUUCCAGAAGCACAGAACGGCUUUUCCCCCACUCGUCGGAUUCAGGCUCCCUGUACAGCUCCCACUUCAGUCAGUUCAGCACCGACUCAGAAGGUAGCAACACAGACGCACAGAAAAGUGAGUGGGUGAGUGUGGAGGGCAGGUUCAGGUGUGUCUCUCUGACUUGUAUGUCCAGCUCAUGUGCCAGGAGUCCUCUGGGUCUUUCACCUUCUGCUCACCUGGCGGAUGGAACCGGGGACCUCAUCCUCGUAUGGGACACUCACCCUCUGGGCUUCCUCAAGUUCCUCUACAGGCACACGAGCACACAGGACCAGUUCGACCUGCCCUUCGUUGAGGUCCAUCGCGUGAAGGCAGUCCGCUUCUCUGUGCCGUCUGGCAGAGAGGAGCAAGAAUAUGAAGAAAUCGGAGGGUUCAGCAGCGAGAUAGAUGAAGGACAGAGAGAAUGUGUGGACACUGUUAGCAGAAAUGGAUCUCAGCAGCACCUGGCACAGAGAGCCAUGACAAGCGAGCGGAAAGCAGCAACUCCCUUCUUGUGUGGUCUGUGCUGUAAAAAAUCUCCCAGUGUAUCGGUGUGGAACUGCGAUGGAGAGAUUCUGCCUUUCACCAAGAUCGUCUGCAAGUAAGAACCGCAACGUCUUGCACUUUGAGUCCUCUCGUACUAUUUUAUCCUUUAGCUCAGGGGUGUCAAACAUGCGGCUCGAGGGCCAAAAAAGGCCCGCCAGAGGGUCCAAUCUGGCCCACAGGAUGAUUUUGUAAAGUGUAAAAUUGAGAGCAAGGACAUUAACUGCAAACUGUACAUUUGUAAAACUAUAAAUGUAAAAUAAUUUAAAUUAGACCACGACAACUCGUUUUGAUUAUAAAGUUAAAUAUUAGAUAGUUCAUUGUUCUUUUGUCAUUUUGUGUCUUACUUUUGUAAUAUUUUGUCUUGUUUUUGUGUUUUUUUGCCUUUUUUUGUCUGACUUUUGCUGUCUCAUGUUUUUGUCGAUUUGUUUCUCGUUUUUGCCGUUUUGUGUUUCCUUUUUGUCUCGCUUGUUUUUUGUCUUUUUUUAAAAAUAAUUUUUUGUUUUGCUUUAUUUGUUGUUUUGUGCAUUGUUUUUGUCCUUUUGUGUUUUUUUUGUCUCGCUUGUGUUUUUUGUCUACUUUUUUGUUAUUUUGUUUCUUGCUUUUGUCAUUUUUUUGUCUUCUUUGUGUCAUUUGUAUAAUUUUUUUGGCCUUAUUUUUGACGUUUGUCCAUUUUUUGUUGCCUUGUAACUUUUUGGUCGAAUUUUUAAUCUCUUUUUUUGGUUUGUUUCGUGUUGUUUGUCUCUUUUUUGUCAUUUUUUUUCUUGUUUCUGUCAUUUUGCGUCUCAUUUUUGUCAUUUAGUUUUUUUUCCUUUAUUCGUUGUUUUGUGUAUCGUUUUUGUAAUUUUGUGUGUUUUUUGUCUCGCUUAUGUUGUUUGUCCAUUUCAUUGUCAUUUUGUAACUUUUUUUGUCAAAUUUUUUGUCUCUUUUUGUUUUGCGUCGUGUCUCAGAUUUUGUCUUUUUUUCUCGUUUUUGUCAUUUUGUGUCUCAUUUUUGUAAUAUUUUGUCUAGCUUUUGGUAGGGUAUUUUUUUUGGUCUUUUUUUGUCUAACUGUCAUUUUGAUCAUAAAGUAAAAUACUAUAUUGUUCAGUUCCAGAUAUCUGUGAUGGAAAUUUGGAGUUGUGGUUAUUUGUAGGCCAUUAUGCUAUGCUUUUACUGGUCCAGUCCACUUGAGAUCAAACUGGGCUGAAUGUGGCCCUUGAACUAAAAUGAGUUUGACACCCCUGCUCUAGCUGUUAUCACAUAGCUCAGUAAUUCAUCUCAACCAUAUGCAAACCAGAUGAAUUUGUCACCAACGCCGUCUUUUGCUGUGUUCACACUCUUAGGAUACAUGGUCAGUUGGUGCGUCUAUACGCCCGGGGCAUCGAGGAUGGAGCAGCCAUACGCAACAGCGAAGAAAGGGACGAGUGUCAAAGGAUAUGCAUCCUAAAUAGCCUUAAGUAAGUGAAGAAUGGUGUCUAUAUGGUGAGGCUAAUUAAUUUAAAAACACUCGCCAGCUGCACAGUCUUUUAUGGCCAAAGCAUUCCUAAUAUAUCAUGUACUUUUAUACGUUUUCUCAUUGUAAUAAUGGACAAAAACUAUUUAUUCUUAAAUGUGUGUGUGUGUGCUUGUUGAACACUUCUCUGUAAAAACGCAGUUAGCGGUUACAACUUUAUUAAAUUCUACACUCAUCUUUGGUGCAGGUGGUUUUGCAGUUUGCAUUUUAUUGUGUUUUCUAGUUGUUAUAAACUUGAAGGUAUAAAAUUGAAGCUGUUGAGAUAUGAAGAUUUUUACUUCUGAUAUUCCUCAAGAGGCCAGCAGCAGAAUUAAAAGCAGAUGUUUUACAGCUGAAAAACACUCUGUGGGGACGAUUGAGAGUAUGAUUAAAAGGGGCACAAUUUGGGACAUUUAACAUGGUACUGUGUACAGUGUGUGUACAGUUUUUAUUCUGUAAAUUUUAUUUAUGUCCACUUGAGUUUCCAGAGAAUAAAGUCAUGGCAAAAACCAACAGAAGUUGUAAGACAGAAAACUUCUUUAUACAAUAAAAAGGUUUGCCCUUU